AUUCAUUUGGCGGCACUGUUCCUAUUGGAAAGUCGCUUUAAAACUGCCGUCAGUCAAGAUCGCUGAUUCAGUCUCGAGUGAUUCACUAUGGCGGCCGCAGAUGUUGAAGUGCAGAAGAACGACCAAACGCGCAAUCUGAAGCUGUCCGGUCAUGUUGGGUUUGACAGUCUGCCGGAUCAGCUGGUCAGCAAGAGCGUUCAGAAUGGGUUCGUAUUCAACAUCCUGUGCAUCGGAGAGACCGGUCUCGGCAAGUCCACCCUGAUGGACUCGUUGUUCAAUACGAAUUUUGAAUCGCAACCAAGUCCCCAUUCAUUGCCGAACGUUAAGCUAAAGGCGCACACAUAUGAACUGCAGGAAAGCAUGGUUCGUCUAAAGCUAACAAUCUGCGACACUGUUGGUUAUGGAGAUCAAAUCAACAAAGACGAUUCUUUCAAAGCUGUUGUCGAUUACAUCGAUCAACAGUUUGAAACAUUUUUGCAAGAAGAAUUGAAGAUCAAGCGCUCACUGGCGACCUAUCAUGACAGCCGUACUCAUAUUUGUCUGUACUUUAUCUGCCCUACCGGUCACGGUUUGAAAUCGUUGGAUUUGGUGUGCAUGAAAAAGCUUGAUUCGAAAGUGAAUAUCAUUCCAAUUAUUGCCAAAGCAGACACUAUUUCAAAGACGGAGUUGUCUAAAUUCAAAGCAAAGAUCAAUGAAGAACUGCGUAACAAUGGGGUUCAAAUCUAUCAGUUCCCGACCGAUGACGAGUCAGUAGCGGAGAUCAACGCAACUAUGAACUCCCAUAUUCCGUUCGCCGUUGUGGGUAGUACUGAUUUCGUUCGUGUUGGCAAUAAGACUGUUCGUGCACGCCAAUAUCCAUGGGGAACAGUGCAGGUGGAGAAUGAAGCUCACUGUGACUUUGUGAAACUGCGGGAAAUGCUGAUUCGUACCAAUAUGGAGGAUAUGCGUGAAAAAACUCAUACUAAACAUUAUGAAUUGUACCGUCAGAAACGACUUGAGCAAAUGGGUUUUACCGAUGUCGAUAGUGACAACAAACCCGUUUCCUUCCAACAAACAUUCGAAGCCAAGCGAAGCAAUCAUCUCGCAGAUCUACAGGCCAAGGAAGAUGAGGUCCGGCAAAUGUUCGUCGUUCGUGUCAAGGAAAAAGAAGCCGAGUUGAAAGAUAGUGAGAAAGAGCUUCAUGCUAAAUUUGAUAAACUAAAAAAGGAUCACGCAGAAGAAAAGCGUAAACUGGAGGAAUCUCGCAAGAAACUUGAGGAGGAGUUUGUAGAAUUCAACCGACGCAAGUCGCAAAUGGCUGCCUCCCAUCACACACUCACUCUCGGCAAAAGUAAAAAGAAAUGAAACUUGUAGAUAGCAGGGAGGACAACGCCCUGAAUGCGCAUUCGACAAAACCGGUCGUUAUCACAGCGUGCAACAUUGCACAUUAUCAAACACAGAAUAAAAUGAAGGUAGGUUUUAGGAAUGUCGUCUGCGCUUCUGCAUGCAGCUAAAUAUAAAUCGAAACCGCUUGA